UCCACAGGAACUGAAAGUAAAUUCCAGUUUCACUCUGCGUAGUUCUGCUUUGCUGAGAUUUAACAGGACUUUUUAGUGCAGGCUGAAGAUGCUGCUGCUCCUCUUACUCGUUUCCCAGCGGGCCUCAGGGGUGGAGGUGAAGGUGUAUGAGGGGGUGGAGUCUGUCCUGCUGCCCUGUCAGGUACCACAGAAUGUUUCCAAUGAGUCCACAGCAGCAGUGUGGGACCGUGAGGAGCUCAACAUCCCAACAGUCCAUGUGCGUCUGCAGAGCGGAGAUGAUUAUACUUAUCAGAACCCUCGUUACACCAACCGAACAUCAAUGAGAGCUGACGCUCUGCAGACUGGAGACCUCAGCCUCACUCUGAGGAACCCUACAGGCUCUGACAGUGGAACCUACACCUGCACCACCCGCAAAGAUGGAGAAGAUCAAAUUAAGAGCCAUCUGCAGCUGAAGGUGACAGAACGCCCUCCUCCACCACCUCCUUCAGUCUUGUUGACAGUUCUACCUGCUGUCCUGGUUCCUGUGGUUCUUGUGGUUGUCCUGGCUGUCAUAUAUCUUAAAUGUAAAGGGCAGACGAGCAGAGAAGAUCCUGAGGUGGAGAUGGUGGAAGUGAUAAAGGGAGAGGACUCUGUUGUGCUGCCCUUUAUAACUGAAGAUCGCACAACUUGGGGUGUCAAAGUAGCAUGGACACACAACGGCAAGAAUGUCCACGUGUAUAAACGUGGCAACAACCAGCCUCUCCUACAGGACCAGGAUUACAGGGAUCGCACAGAGAUGAAUGAAGAUCCACUGAGAUCUAAAGACCUCAGUCUGACCCUGAAAGACCCCCAACUUAGUGACCGUGGAGUCUACACCUGCACCGUCUGCAACAAGUGUGGACAUGUCCUGCUACAGAAAUCAGUGACUCUCAGUGUCAGAGUUCUCCAGACAGAGAUGGUGGAGGUGACACAGGGCCAGAGGUCUGUCCUGCUGCCGUUUAAAAUCACAGAUGAGCUUCCUCCAGAUGUCAAAGUGCAGUGGAGACUCACUCACCCUGAAGACAAGAUGGUCCUCAUGUAUGACAGCAGCCAGAAUCACCCUCUCUCACAGGAUCAGGUUUACAGAUAUCGCACAGAGAUGAAGAGAGACCCACUGAGAAAUAAAGACUUCAGUCUGACACUGAAAGACCCCAAACUUACUGACAGUGGAGUCUACACCUGCACCGUCUGCAACAAGGAUGGAAUCAUGCUGCUACAGAAAGUGGUGACUCUCAGUGUCAGAGGAGCAUGA